AUGGCCACUCAACAGCCCCCUUUGCGAUUCACCGGGCAUCAAAAUCUGGUCUAUCGACUGGUACUCUCAACUCUUACCGGCCGCACUGUUCACAUCUCUCAAAUUCGCGCCGACUCGCCCACGAACCCUGGUCUUGCCCACCAUGAAAUUUCCUUUUUACGCCUCCUGGAGGCAGUGACAAACGGCUCCCAAAUGGAAAUUUCAUAUACCGGUACAAUCCUUAUUUACAAGCCGGGUCUUAUUACUGGUAGCUCCUCAGGGUCCGGCGCAGAAGGCGGCGUGAUUACGCAUGAACUCCCCUCGAACUGCACCCGCGGCCUCAGCUACUACUUGAUUCCUCUCUGUCUCUUGGCACCCUUCUCUAAGGCUCCCAUGAAAGUUCUUUUCACAGGACCUGGUGUGAUUACCUCUUCAACCCCUACAGGUGAUAUGUCUGUAGACAGCGUCCGAACCGCCAUACUUCCUCUGUACAACCAAUUCGGUAUUUGGAACAAUGUCGAGCUCCGUAUCUUGAGGCGCUCCAACCCAGGCCCGAAUGGCAGAGGUGGUGGUGGCGAGGUACAGCUAGUCUUUGGUCACCAGCUCCGCCUGCCGAAGACUCUGCAUCUGAUGAACCCCGGUCGUAUAAAGCGCAUUCGUGGCGUUGCAUACUCAAUUGGUGUGACUGGAUCGAACAACGCCAGAAUGAUCGAAACAGCUCGUGGUAUCCUGAACCCACUCAGCCCUGAUACUUAUAUUUUCGCCGAUGUCUCAUCUGCGCCUUUGAUACCUGCUCCUGAUAAAUCCAACCCCAACGCCAAGAAGAAGAUCGGACUCGGAUUUGGUUUAUCACUGGUGGCAGAGUCAUCUACCGGCUGCCUCUACUCAGCUGAUGUAGCUUCUCCACCUUCGGGUGGUCAACCUCCAGAGGAUAUUGGUAGGAAAUGUGCCUUCCAGUUGUUGGAGACAGUUUCCAAGGGUGGCUGUGUGGCCCCUGCAGCAGCAACAACUAUGUUUACUCUAAUGAGCAUGGGUUCUGAAGACGUUGGUCGUCUGCAGCUUGGCCGAGAGGUGAUUGGAGACCCGAAUCUGAUCCAGCUUGCCCGUGACUUGACUAAGUUCGGUGCUCCUGGCUGGGGUAUCCGUGAUGCUGCUGGUGAAAACGAAGAUGGGGAUGUCAUUGUCAGUGUUGUAGGACGUGGUAUUGGCAACGUUGGCAGAAAGGUUGCGUAG